AUGAUUCUAGGCGGUUUGUCCGGUCUUGCCACAACAAUCGCACUCCAGCCAUUUGACCUCUUGAAGACACGGAUACAGCAGAGAGAACCGGGAGACAUUGUCAGAGCGAGGAAUACAAGGAGCAUUAUCGGUACGGCCAAGGAUAUCCUCGCCACAAAAGGCGUUCGUGGACUCUGGCGAGGCACAAACGCUGGUCUCAUCCGUAAUGUCCCCGGCAUAGCUCUCUACAUGACAUCCCUCAACCACAUCCGGUCACUCCUCGCCACUUCACCCUAUUUCUCCGUCAUCCGCACACCGUCUAGCUACACUUCAACACACGCAUCAGUUCUUCCUUCACUAACUGUUACAGGCAACCUCUUAGCGGGCGCGACGACGAGGGUCGCCAUCGGUUUCUUGUUGAAUCCAGUCUCGGUGCUCAAGACGCGUUAUGAGAGCAAUAUGUACUCCUAUGCCUCCCUUUCCUCCGCUUUCCUCUCCAUGGUCCGUUCCGGACCCUCCGAACUCCUCCGAGGCUUUGUAGCUUCCUCACUACGGGACGCACCCUACGCUGGCAUCUUCGUCGUAUCAUAUGAAGCAAUCAAGCAGAAUGCCACUGUUUUGCUACCGCCGAACUCGACGAUGAGUUCUGCACUACUGCAUAGCCUGUCAGCCGCAUCGGCUGGGACAGUAGCGACGUUGACUACGCAUCCGUUCGACGUGAUCAAGACAAAAGUACAAGUACGCACGGAGGACAGAUAUCACGGUCUCGCGCGGACUGUGAAAACGAUAUUUCAACAACGAGGCCUACUCGGCUUCUUCGACGGUGCCUCCCUCCGCCUUUCUCGCAAAGUUCUCUCCUCGGCAAUUGGAUGGGCAGUCUACGAGUCUGUGCUCCUCUUCAUGAAGAGACAGCCAGAACUCAAAUCUGAACGGACAUAA